CUUGGAUGCUGUUCGAUAAAAGUGCUAUUUUGACAGUACAUAAUCAUGUUAUUACUAGAAAUCCAAGAAUAUCUGUAACUCAUGACAAACAUCGAACAUGGUAUUUACAUAUUAAUAAUGUUCAUGAAGACGACAAAGGAAAAUAUAUGUGUCAAAUCAAUACUGCAACAGCCAAAACUCAAUACGGUUAUUUGGAUGUAGUUGUUCCUCCUAAUAUUGAUGAUUCGCAAAGUUCUUCAGAUGCAAUUGUACGAGAGAAUGCAAACGUAACCCUUACUUGUAAAGCUUCUGGUAGCCCUACUCCUACUAUCCGAUGGAAACGCGAUGACAACGAAAAGAUAGUCAUCAAUAAAACGCUAGAAGUUCUAGAAUGGGAAGCUGAAACUCUGGAGAUGACACGGAUCUCAAGACUUGGUAUGGGAGCAUACUUGUGUAUAGCUAGCAACGGGGUACCGCCUACUGUUAGUAAACAGAUCAAAGUAUCAGUUGAUUUUUCUCCAAUGCUUUCAAUACCACAUCAGCUCGUAGGUGCACCUCUUGGAUAUUUAGUUACACUUGAAUGUUACACAGAAGCUCAUCCAACUUCCCUCAAUUACUGGACUCGGGGUGAUGAUGGAAGAAUGAUUCAUGAAAGUAGAAAAUACAAGGUCACAUCGACAGCCGAGAAGCCGGUGUAUCGAACUCACAUGACACUCACGAUUUAUGAUCUUGAGCCUUCAGAUUAUGGAAGUUAUAAGUGUGUAGCAAAAAACCCGAGAGGAGAAACUGAUGGAACUAUUCGUCUUUAUAUGUCUACACCGCCUACGACAAGUCCGAACCCGACAACUACCGAGUUAUCGAGGAAAAAUUGGGAUCUCUCCACUGAAACGAAUAACUCCAUUGAAGGAAACCCAAGCUCUUUAAUUAUUCCUAAUGAGACAGGGACGAAAAUCGAUCAAAAACAUCAAUCAAAUCUCAAUGAAGUUGAUAAAUCUGAACGAAUAUCGAACAAAGUUGAAAGAAAUAAUUACUUUAACCCGUCUUUCAAUAGUGAUACUGCUGACAGAGCUACAACGAUUUCCAUGUGUAUUCUAUUACUGAGUAUUUUCACACCAUGGAUUGUUUGAUAAAUACGUUUAGACGGCAGCUGGUUAUUGUUGGCUUGAUAAAAUAAUUGAAUGUCAUGAAAUAUGUAUAAUUAGGUCCAUUAUUACAAAUAUUCAUGACACUUCACAUAAAUCGUUUACCCAAAAUUAGUAUGCGAAAUCCAUAAAUAAAAUUAUUAGAGAAGAACAUACAGUGCUAUUAAUAUAUAGCUCAGAAAAGUAACGGAAUCGAAAUGAUGUCAAUAAAUGCGCUAGAAUUGUCGCUUUUGAUGUAAUAUAUUGUAUAAUGCAUGUUCUCGCCGGACAGGACGUUCUCCAUCCCAAAAUACAUUGAUCGAUGGUUGCAAUUAUUUUCAAGAUAGUUUUUAUUCUAGUAAGAAAAAAUACAUACUGUAAAUAUCAAAUAUGUUUUGUUCUGAUAAUACAAAUAAUUUAUACAAAAUCUUAGAGAUGUUUAUUUUCUAGCUAAUAACCUCAAUAUGAGUUAUGGUUCAAGCUAGCUUAAUAUUUUCUAUAAAAAAGUGUGUCGACUUUUAAUGAAUCCGAAAAUGGUAUGGUCCUGCACGGUUAAUUGUAUUUGACUGUUUGUAACACUACUGCGGUGAUUUGUAUAAAUUCUUAAUUAAUUAUAGUAUACAUUCGGAAUGUUUAUAAUCUUAUUUACAUCUUUGAAUGCUUGCCACAAUUUACCAGAGUAUUAACUGCACCACUCCUUAAGCGAUAAUUACUCCCAAACCUAUCAACUUAAUCUAAACAUUGAAGUUUUCAAUAACUGGUAAAAGAGAUCAGCAAGUAAAAUGUCUCGUAUGACUUAUUAUUAUUUUGAUGACUACACUGAGAAAAAACAAUACUAUGGUCCAAACAGAAGUUUUUUUGUUCAGAAUGUCCGUUAAAAAUAUUCAAUUUAUUAUUGUUAAUUAUCAGUUUCUUGAACAAAGAGUAUGAAUAUUUAUUUUUAUUGUUAUAUACAUUUGUAAACAUAAAAAUAACUUUACUUAAAUGAAGUAAAAAGUAAUUCCAUCAAUUCAAUGAAUAGUCAACUAUUAUUUUACAGCUUUUAAAUGGAUACUUUUUUCUAUUUCUUUCUUCGUUAUUGGAAUUUUAUGACGAAAUAUUUGACUUACAGCUUCUACAAGAAUUAUAUUUGAAUGGAAAACAACUAUUAAUUUUACAAAAAUUGGAAGUUUACUAAUAAGGUACCCGCGGGUAAUAAAGCCUAAUUGACAGAUAUGAUAUUUAAAAUAAUUGCCUCCGCGAAAGGCUAUUCUAGUAGAAGGGUUUUACAUCGAGAUAUUACGACAAGUUUAUAGAGUCUCGAUACCACGUUUCCUGUCUUCUAUAUUUCAUCAUCCGUCAAGUGCUGUUGUAGUGCAUAAGAAAGUAUAAAAAACUAUUUAGUCUUCUGAUUCUUAAAAAGGAUACCGAUAGUUUAAGUGCUGUUGAGCAAAGCAAUCUGUCUUCUGACUCUUAAAAAGUUUUGUUGCUAAAUUUAAGGGAUGGUUUAUCUCUAAUACCAAUUUUAUUAAGUAUAGUUUAACUAAUACAGUUCGUUUAACCCGUAGGUCUUAUUACCCUAUCGUACUAAAAUAAGGCCCAUUCAUAUGGUUUUCGUAAAAGUUUAAUUUUUUGUUUGUUUAUUGUAAGAAUUACCAUUACUUAAUUAUAUUUUAUGGCUUAUGUAUUGAAAUGAAGAUUAAUGAUACAUUUCGAUAAUUAAAUGCAAUAUUUUCGAUUCUACUCAAAUUCUCCUUUAGCUAGGCCUUAUUACCCACCGGUACCUUAUUUAAUUACUAAGAAUAAGAAAAAUUAAUUUUUGUCAAAAAAGAAUUCAGGAGUCACGACAGUGUCUCAUGCCAAGUACACGUUAAAACACAUCUAUAUGUGUGAGUGUUGAUGGCGUAAGCCAUGUCUUACUGUAGACGUCGGGGUAUUGGGCUCUCGUUUUUAGAAACUUUCCUAAGAAAAAUUUAUUCUAGAAAAUUCUACU